CAACUGCUUCACAUCUCCGGAUGUUCUAUCAGCCACCCUUUUCUACAAACGUUUCAACUCCGCUGUGAGGACGAGCACACUAUCGUCCCAAUGGAGAUAUAAAUGGACAACCAUUCCAGUCCUUGUUUUCCCCCAUGAAAUCUGGGAUGCAAAAAUCGUGGAAGCCAUGGUUGAUCAAACUUUGUCGCUUCAUGAUGGGGCCAUAACCAAGUUUUCACUCAAACGUUGUUGUAUCAAAAGCAAUUCUUCUGUCAGUCGCUGGUUAUCUUACUUGUCUGGCCAUGGCAUUAAUAGCCUUGAGCUUUCGGUUUACAGAAAAAAUCAAAAUACGGUGCCCCUUUCUCUCAAGGGUUUUGAUCACCUCCAGCAUUUGUACCUUGGAUAUACUUGUCAAGUUAAAAUUCCUCCUUCAUCAAAAGAAUUUAACAAGCUUGUUAAGUUGGAACUAAUCUACUCGAUAUUAAAAUUGGGUGAUGGUGCAGUCAGGAACUGGGAUGAUAGUAGUAUCAUGAAAUAUCUGAAGGCGCAACACUCUUCUAAUGUUUGUCUCAGUCGCCUUGAAAAUGUGAAGCUUCGGUGGAUGAUGGGUUUUCCAUCGGAGUUGGAGUUUGUGAAAAUCCUUUUACGUUGGGCAAGUGCACUUAAAAAAUUGGAAAUAUAUACUCGUUGGGCGUGUGACAACACACGAAUAAUCCAAAUGAUAAGAGAGCUUGAACACAUCAAAUGCUCCAUGUCAUCUAAAGUAGAAUUUAUAUUUAACACACCUUGAUGGGUAGUUAUCCACUCCAAUUAGCACUGUUAGCAGUAUGGUAUUUAUGGUACAUCUGUUCUAUCAUAUGCAUCAUUCUCAUUUUAUAGAUUAUUUGAAACAAUUCACCUUUAAAUUCUUGAGCUUUAAUUUUAC